AUGUUCCUCACCGUGGCCCUGCUGAGGAAAGGCAUCUCUGGCAAGCAGUGGAUCGGGAAGUACCGCAGGCCGCGUGCCAUCACCUGGCAGAUGAAACGCAACAUGCUGGUGCACCUGGAGCGCGAGGCGGAGAACGAGUACUGGAUCUCCCGACCGUACAUGACCACAGAGCAGGAGAGAGGACACGCCGCUGAGCGCCGAGCACAGAACUGGCUCACAAUUAAGGAGACCAAGUUUCAAAAGUUUCCAGAACAUAAGUAUGUUGCAGAUCAUCUAAGUCACCUCAACACGACCAGGACAUGGUCAAGUUAAUGAGGAGGGAGUAUUGACUUUGUGUGGGGCGAUGGAGAGGGGGCAUGCAUGUUGACUGCCAUUUGACUCCUGUGUGUCUUAAUGUAUGUAAUGUAUAUGAACUAUGGAGUGUUGGUAAUUAUAUCUUUAUAAAGCAAGCUCAUAUUUGAAAACAA